UGGGACGCGACUGUGGUGGCGGUAUCGCGCGUCCUGACACACACACACACACACGCACGCACGCACGCGGAACGGGAAGAAUGCUUUUCUCUUCUAUCUCAGCAUUAAUGACUUAACACACUGAAAAUGAGGCUGUAGUAUGUAUACCCUAGGCUGAGGAGGCUCUGUUGGAAAGACAACACAGACACAGGGAACCUGACUCUGGACUGGAAGAGCACUGAGAGAUGUCGGAAGGUCGGCAGUGUCAGGUGCUUCUGCUGGAUGACAGACAGCUGGAACUGCUGGUCCAGCCGAAACUGCUGUCUAGUGAUCUCUUGGACAUGGUUUCGUCCCAUUUCAGCCUGAAAGAGAAGGAGUAUUUUGGAAUUUCUUACACUGACACGAAUGGUCAAACUAGCUGGCUGCAGCUGAAUCGGAGAGUACUGGAGCACAACUUUUCCAAAAAGACUGGACCACUCGAGCUCAAAUUCCAAGUGAGGUUUUACGUUGAGAGUAUCACAUUUUUGAAACAUACAACCACAGUGGAGCUGUUUUACUGGAAUGCAAAGUCUUCUGUCUACAAUGGAGCUAUUGAAUUGGAGAGUGAACAUGUUUUUAAGUUAGCCGCGUUCGUGUUGCAGGAGGCUGAAGGGGACUACACAAGUGAUGAAAGUGCAACGACAGUCUUGAAAAAGCUCCCUGUGUUUCCCACAGCUGUUUUAAAGGAGCACCCAUCCCUGGGCUAUUGUGAAGAGCGAGCCAUUGAGCAUUACAAAACCCUCAAAGGACUCACUCGAGGAAAGGCCAUCGUGCAGUAUCUCUUGCUAGUGGAAUCCUUACCUUCAUAUGGUGUUCAUUAUUACGAAGUGAAGGACAAGCAAGGAAUUCCAUGGUGGUUGGGAAUUAGCUACAAGGGCAUCGCCCAGUACGACCAACAAGACAAGCUAAAACCCAGGAAGGUCUUCCACUGGAAGCAGUUAGAGAACUUGUAUUUCCGUGAGAAGAAAUUUGCAGUUGAGGUCAACGACCCUCCCAGGAGAGCAUCAUCCAAGUCCACUUUUGGCCAGUCUGGACAGGUUAUCCACACGUGGUAUGCCAGCCACUCGCUGAUCAAAACCAUCUGGGCGAUGGCAAUCAGCCAGCACCAGUUCUACUUGGACUGCAGACAGAGCAAUUCUAAAAUAACCACAUCUAAGAAUUUGGGGGAUAUCGCCAUGGACCUUACCGGUACUGGAGCCUCCAGAGUCAGCAAGAUGGUGAGCGGAGAGAGCAGAGACCAGCUCAUCAUGGCCAGCAACGGAAGCUUGGCCUCUGCAGAUUCUGUAGAUUCUGAGAUAAAUGAGGAGUUGAAGAAAGAGAAGCUUGCUGAGCUGAAGAAGAAAGAGAAGAGCCUUCAGGAUCUUCUGGCUCAGAAAUUGACUGAGCUUAAGAAGAUUUGCCUCAGAGAAGCAGAACUGACAGGCAAAUUGCCUAAAGAGUACCCUUUAGCAUCAGGAGAGAAGCCUCCUACUGUAAGAAGACGUGUAGGAACUGCUUUCAAACUAGACGAUCAUUUCCCUCACGAUGCGGACCCUCAGUUAAGGAACUUAGAAAGCCGGUUUUCUCUACAGCAGAAGAUUGUAGAAGCGGCAAAGAAGCUCGCCAGUGAAACGGAUCUCUGUAAAACUGUGAAGAGGAAACGGCGGAGGAACUUUGAAGAUGCUAUGAAGACGCUUCAAAUGAUUGAGAAUGAAAUGAAUGACUACAGAGUGAAAACGGGCAAGAAACCCACACAAAGGGCCUCGCUGAUUAUCACCGAUGACAUGAAUGCAGCCGAACUCAGCUCACUAUCUGACAGCUUAAAUCUGGAUGAUGAUGAGGCAUUUGUAGUGCAACGCCAACGUUCCCGUUCAGUUCAGUAUUCACCACGGCCUUCAGACAACCUCGGCAUUCCAUAUCAAUCCAAUCGCAGGGCCUCCGAAGAACCGCACAACUCUGACAGAUUGAACUAUGGCGAAGUCCAAGAACCUUACUCCUACAUCCAGCAAGAUUCUUUAUCACCGCAUAGUAGCCCCUAUUACGCUCCCUCCAGGCAAGAAGCAGGGAACUCGCGCAGCAUGCCUCCAACACCCCAGCUGACACGCAAUGCCUUCAGCAGCAUCCAGCUCAGGUGUGAGGAGGACACGCCUCAGCACUUCCGUCAGCGCAGUGGCAGUCUCGAGUCUCAGUCACUCUUUGCCUCGGAGUGUGACGGCCCGGAGCCUGCGUUCGCAAUCGCCCCUGCUGCCCGACGCAGCAACAGCACCGAGGUACUUGAUGAUGUCUCCUCACACACUAGCCAGUCAAGCGCGGAGUACUGCGCCCAUUCGCGCGCUCGAAACCGCCAUCGUCGCCUGAGGGACUAUUAUGCGAAUACAGGCAGCAUGCCCAACCUGGCACAGAACGAUUCUCGCUGCUGCAGCUAUAAUGCACCGACCAGGCCCCCCACGACAGCCUACUACGUCACUGGAUACCCCUGCUAUGCAGAUCCACACACCAACGGAAGCUACACGUAUGAGGAUGAGACAGCGGGCCAUUAUAGUGUAAAUCCUUCCUACCAGACUCUUUCCUACCAUGCACACGAACAAUACAGUGACUACAGUCACACUGAGAUGGACAGUAUGAGCCGGAAUCCAUAUGCUACGCUGAGGCAGACGAGGAGUCGUCCGCCAUCGAGGAACGAAAACCUUAUGAGGAACACGCAGAAGGCUAUAGUGGCCGAGCACUUACGAGGCUGGUAUAACCGACACACAGUACAAAGGCAGGUGCCAUACGAGUACGAGAGGGAGUCCCAGCAAAGCAUGGCCUACAGGAGGAUACCACAUGCUUAUGGCUACAAUGAUCGCAGCACCUCAUAUGCCUCAGUUUCUACAGCGCCCAGCACAGGGAACUGGCAUGAUCACUUGUCCGUAGGUUUAUCGGAAUACGACAUGGGCCUUCACCCACAGCAUGCCUACAGCUACAAUUCAGUCCAUCAGAGUCCCCUUCCACAGAGCCGACAUGCCUUCAGUCCACACCCUGCACCCUCCCGGCACUACCCACCUCCUUCCUUCUCACCUAGUGCUUGUUCUUCCUCAUCCUCUUACCUCUCCCUCCCUCGACCUCCUCCAUCCCGCUAUCGGGUGGAGUGGUUGGGCUGUGAUGGCUCCAAAACUGACAUGGUUAAUAAAGCCUCCUUGAUAAAUGUAGCCCUUGAUAGUCAUACAUGGAUGUAAACCAAAUGGAUUCACACCUGUGUAGCCCAGUGGACAGUUUUGACUCUGAGGAUCAGACACUUUACUGGCACGAAGACUCCAAGCCUGGAACGAUAGUGUAGGAAAUUAAGAUAACUUCUUCAUGCUUUGUGCCUUUUUCAAAUCCCGGUUUAUUUUUCUGCGGGUGACGAGUUCAAAUCAUCGACGUUUUGAGGAACGUUACCGGGCAAGGAUUGUGCACGACGGCAUUCAGCCAGCUCAGAGAGCACGAGUGCAUUCCCCUUGCAACAGAACCGAAACAGGCCUUUGGGAACAGGCCCUGGAGAGCAACGCAUUUUGAGUGUGUGUGUGUGGUGCUAGCACUUGUGGAACUCUGCCUGCCCUGAUGAGUGCCUGCUGUGGAAUUUCUUUGGGAUUUGUUAAUAUGGUAAUAGUGAUUGGGCCGAGGAAGGUGGUAUUUGAGCCAAGUAGCCUGGACCAUUCCAUUGCCAUGGAAGGAUAUUACAAUCCUAUUUCCUCUUCAUAGACACAAAGCAAAUAUUAAUAUGAAGGACUAAACUCAGCUGGUUUCUGUUGUGUGAAAAAUCUCCAAUGGACAUUUUGCAGUUUGUUUAAAGAUCUUGAAGCAUUAACUUCUAUAUUGCUAUUCAAGUUAAUUCUGUCUUAAAAAUUUUUUUUUUUUUUU